AUGACAAGUCUUUUAUCUGGUUUACUUAGUCCAAUAGGUGGUCUAGCAAUAUGUGCCUGUUGUUUAAUUAUUAUUGCUAUUUGGGGUCUAUUUGCUUCCAUGAUUGCAUUAGCUAUUUAUACACGAAGAUGGGCUUAUGCUAUAAGAGAAGCCAAUGAUUUAUAUGAUAGAGCUAAUCAAAUAUAUAUUAGUUAUGCUCUUCUCAUUCUUAUUCUUUGUAUAUAUUUAUUUUUUCCAAUUCGAACAUCAAUUCACUUUAACAAUUAA